AUGCAGAGUCAAGAGUUCACCGAUUUUGUCCUCUGUCCGGCUCAAUUCACCACCGACAACAAGAAGAUGCUAGCACUGGCUCUCGAUUCUACCAGACAACGGCAGACUUCCUACAUCCCACAGCUCGCAAUGGACUCCACGUUGGUCGACCCGUUCGCCUUUCCAAUGGAUGGCAUGUGUGAUUACGGGCAGACACACGAUGCCUCCGCCGCAUUGCAACCACCUUAUUAUGACACUCCUGCCAUGUACUCGGACGCUUUCGCUCCUCUCCCCAAGUCCUCCAGCUUCCCUCCAAUGCCCGUCACACCUCCUUCCCUUCCUCUUUGCGCCGAUCACUUCAUUCCUGGCCUCUCUACCGCUUCUGGACCUUCUAUCCCGAGUGCCUCAUCGUCCGCCAUGGGGUCACCCCACUCAGGAACAGCACCUUUCAUCCAAGAGGAGUGGAUCCAGACCACCAACGGUCUGGGACUCGCUGAUGCCCUCAUGGGCGACUUCUUCCCCAAUGAGUAUGUCACCGGUGUGACGGACACGGAUGGUUUCUAUCAGAAGAAGUGGAUCGAGAAUUGUGUCGAUCCUUCAGUGAUUCAGCCCAACUCCCAGCAAUGCCACCUUUCACCACCCGCCAUCUCGUUUCCUGAGCCGUCUGACUACAUGAUAGCACAGGACAGCUUCUUCCCACAAUCUCCUAAUCCAUCCCACUAUCAGCUUGAGGAGUCCUACCCCACCACGCAACCAUUUCCCCAGCAGCAAGCUGACUUCUCGGCUGCUUCUCCCAUUUCCACCAUCCCGCGUUCACUCCCUGUAACCGCAUAUCAGCGAAGGUCGUCCGUGGCUUCGGUUCGGUCCCGCCUAUCUCAGCCCAGCCCGGCGUCGAGCAGCCUCGACUCCGAUGAUGAAACCAAGGAAAAGGGCCGAUGCCCUCAUCCCGACUGUGGACGAGUAUUCAAAGACCUCAAAGCCCACAUGCUUACGCACCAGUCCGAGAGACCUGAGAAAUGCCCGAUUGCAACUUGCGAGUACCACAUCAAGGGGUUCGCGCGCAAGUACGACAAGAAUCGGCAUACACUCACCCAUUACAAGGGAACGAUGGUGUGCGGAUUCUGUCCGGGAUCUGGGUCGCCCGCUGAGAAAAGUUUCAACCGGGCGGACGUCUUCAAGCGUCAUCUGACUUCAGUGCACGGCGUUGAGCAAACGCCACCCAACUGCCGCAAGCGAACCCCCGUGGCUUCCACCGCCAAGAAUUCCCCUAGUCAUAGUCAGGAGGCUACUGGCAAAUGUUCUACGUGUUCCAUCACUUUCAGCAAUGCCCAAGACUUCUACGAGCAUUUGGAUGACUGUGUGCUACGUGUGGUGCAACAAGAAGAGCCUAGCGAAGCCAUCAACCAGCAGCGCCUUGCCGAAGUCGACUCGGACGAGGAGGUGAAGAAGACUAUGGAAAAACACAUGCUACUCGACACGGCUGGUGCCGUGGACCGUUUCAGCGACGAAAAUGACGACGAUGACGAAGACUUCUACGAAAGUCCCAACCAGCGGUUGGCUAAGAACUUCCUGAGAGUUCCUCGGGGCAAUUCCACCGCCGGUGCUGGUCGCGUUAUCCUGGGCAGCGGCAAUGCCGUCACCAAGCCCUCCGCCAGCAACAAGAUGCGUGCGACGGCGACCAAGCGGCGGAACAACCGUGACCGGUACCCUCAGUCGUGGGGAUGCCCCAGCAGCAGCAUCAAGACCAAGAAGCGCGUCCUCUGUGUCUUUGAUGGUCAACGUCGUCUCUGGAAGGAUGAGAUGAUGCUUGACAACGAGUUCGAAGUCCGGCUCAAGCUCCCAGGUGGCGCCGGAGAUGGCACCAACCGGGAAGCAUACGUGACCGAUCUGGACGUUGAGACUCUGAAGCGUGCUGAGGGCGUGCUGAGUGCCAACGACGAAGAACGGGGGCCGUGGCUCAGCGGCUCAACCACGCAGAUGAUCGGUCGUCCAGCCGUCCCACUACCCGACGUCGCUUAUUUGCAUGAGAACCUCGACGAGUUGAUGGCCUAA